AUGCUAGCAUUUGCAAGAACAAAUACAUCCUCUAGGUGUGCACAAUUCUCGUCCUUACUGCUACCAAUGAUCGGUCAGCCUAUCAUCCCGACACACAUCCGCCGAAAGGAAAGUAUACCAUACAUGCAUCUCAUCAAUUCCGAUCCAUUCAUCACAAAAAUAUCUCAUUCCAAUUAUAUUGUAAAAUCUUACAAUGAUGUGAUGAUGAGAAGAGAAUUUUCAAACAUGAUCGGAAAGACAUUGGGUUGGGAUUGGAAAAAAAGAGCUGCUGUUCAACGAAUGGCUGAUCAUAAAAAGGAAGAAACAGAAAGGAGCAGAAGAAUUCAAUUUGAAGUUGAUACUUUUAGAAACAAGAAACACUUAGAGAUUCAUUCUAUCACUGACAAAUUGAGUAUUAAAUUAAUAUUUCCAAGUAUGAAUGUUUACAACAGAGUCAAAGAUGCGUUAACAUCCACCUUUCACGUGGAAAAGGUUUAUCAACCUCAUUCACAUCUGAAUCAUCAUUCAUCAGAAUCGGAAGAACAAUCCAUCACGACCUCUGAAGAAAAUGUCAUUGAUAAUGAAGAACAAGUGAUACAAGUAAUUCAAGAUCGUCCUAAUCCUACUUUGUCUCAAAUUCCACCAGUUCUAUAUUUUUCGUACUUUGACUAUGACGAAAUUCUAAAGUUUUUCACAGAAAAUUUUGAUGACAUUCUAUUGGAGCCAAUACCAAACUUUGUGUUUGAAGUUUUGGAUCAUUAUGAUAUGAUGGUAAAGGCUUUUAAGACACGACAAAAAAGAAACAAAAGUGAAUACGAUCUCUCAUUAAGACUUCCAGCUAAAAUGUUCAGUAGUAUUUUACCUUUUCAAAAAGAAGGCAUCGAAUUUGGAAUAUCUAGAGAUGGACGAGUCAUGCUAUGUGAUGAAAUGGGUUUAGGAAAGACAUUGCAAGCUUUAGGAAUUGCAUGCUAUUAUACCAAGGAUUGGCCAAUGCUUAUUGUUGGACCUUGUAGCCUUCAUAAUAAUUGGAAAAAAGAGCUGACGACAUGGAUUGACAUGGAUUGGGUAAAGAAAACAGUUGGUGACACUUUUAACAUUCAAGGAGACAGUUUAGAACAAUAUAUUGCCAUUGUGGAUAGUACUCAAAAUUUGAUGAAACUGAUCGACGAGACAUCCGUUCAACCAAAGAAAUAUUUAGCUUUUAUCAUUUCUUACGACCUAAUAUCCAAGAAUUCCACUAAUGAUACCAAAAUUAGUGAAUGGUUAUCUAAGUUUUCUUUAAUUAUUGGUGACGAGUCUCACAUGAUUAAGAACGAUGAUUCGAAACGAGCCAAGAACAUUCUACCUCUAUUGAAAACAUCCAAGCGAGUAAUUUUGAUAUCUGGAACAGCUUCUCCAAGCAGACCAAUUGAACUGUUCACUCAAAUGAAAGCACUUUUAUCUUCACAAAAAGGAAAGGCAACACUUUUGAAAAAGACUCAAUUCGGUGAACGAUAUUGCGAUUUGAAAAGCACUUAUUUUACAGGAGCUGAUUACCGAGGAAGCAAACGAUUGUCAGAAUUACAUGUUCUGUUAAGUCGAUCUGUAAUGAUAAGAAGAUUGAAGCGAGAUGUAUUGUCUCAAUUACCUCCAAAGAGACGAUUUUUAACCUAUUUGAAUCUACCAGAAGAAGAUAUUGGACCUCACCGAUUAACUUUUGAAAGUUUUAGAAAAAGAAAGAAAGGAAGUAUUCUCGAUCCCAAUGACUCUGAAGUGUUACAGAAAUAUAAUCUCACAGCUGUGGCUAAACAGAGAUCUAUUGGACUCUUUGCAAGAAAGUAUUUGAGAAAAGGAGAAAAGUUUUUAAUUUUUGCUCAUCACAGAUCUGUGAUGAACACCAUCGAGGAGCACAUUCGUGAUGAAAUUCAAGAUAUUAAGGUUCGAGAAGGAAAAACCUACAAGUUUGUGAGAAUUGAUGGAGAAACACCAAUCGAUCAACGACAAGACAUUUCACAACAAUUCAGAGAAGAUCCUGAUGUAAAGGUAGCAAUUUUGAGUAUUGCAGUGGCUGGUGUUGGAUUGAAUUUUGUGCCUUGUAAAACAGUGGUGUUUGGAGAAUUGACAUGGAACAGCGGAUCAUUGGUGCAAUGUGAAGAUAGAGCUCACAGAAUUGGACAAAAGAGUACCGUUGAUAUUCACUAUUUGAUUGCUAGAAACACUUUGGAUGAAUAUAUUUGGGAAUUGUUAUCGCAUAAAAUUGAUGUGGUUUCAGAGACUUUGAAUGGUGAGAAGGAACUUGAAAAUGAGCACCACAUCACGAGAGGAAGUAAGGAAAUUAUUGAUAUUUAA